ACCGUCUGUAUUUAUUUAGUAGCCUAACUUGCCGGCCGGUUGUUUUUUUUUUCACUGCACCAAUAUUUUUGCUUGAGCAGAUAAAUUCGCUCGUGCCAGUUAUGUUAUUGCGCGAUCGAUAAGAUGCAACUUUUCUUGUUGGGAUGAGAAGCGUGGUGUGUGGAGAUCUGUCAUCAGCUUGUCAUCCUGAUCUUCGGGAUGCCAGUCCUGGAGGACACACUUUACUACUCGAACAUUAGAUCAGACGUACAUGAAGAGAAUGAAGAUGAAAGAGAAGCGUUGGUGCAAGAACAGAGGUACUGUCGAACUCGGGCUCACAAACUUUCCCUGGAAACAAAUCGCAGACGAAAGGCCCUAGAGGAGAGAAGGAAACAAUGGGAUGUUCAGGAGCAGAGACUGAGGGAGAAUAUUCUACAGCAGCGCCAUCAGAGGGUCCAGGAUGCUACAGAGAACUUCCAAAGAGCUCAUCUCCCUCCUUCCCAGAGAAAAAGACCAGCAGCCUUUAAGAGAAGACCACUCAACCUUGAUGAAGCACUUCAUCAUAUUCAGGGCAGUCCGCACAUUUACACUCCUUUUUUGGCAAGUGGCUCCGCCAUUAUUAGGAGCUGCACUCCCUCCCCAAAGCCUUCAGGUGGCGCCCGUCACCUACGUGCCUUAUCUGCAGCCGAGGCCUACGCCAAACUCCUGCAGGAGAAGAGCCUGAGCAACUUCAAGAACAACCAGCCGCUCUUCCUCAGCGAGCAGCAGGACACCCACACUGAUCUGAAAGAAAAAGAGCAGGCCGAUCUACAGGAGUAUCUUGAUACCCCACAUAGCGAGACAGAGAGUCUGUCUAGCCUGGACAGCUUAGAGAAGGGAGACACUCAGAAGAGCCAUGACACUGCACCGGUUUGUUGCUCCCACCAGAGCACCACCUGUACCCAGUCUUUCUACCUACCAAUGGGUCCACCUGAUCUCCAAGACCCCAAAAACCCUCCAGCACCAUUCAGACAGUCCAACAACCCAUGUUCACCAUCUCACCCAUCCUCUUUCAUAGCAAAGAGCUUUCUGGAGGAGUUCUUAAAUCAGGAAAGCAAACUCACUCUCAACUCAGCCUCACCAAACGAUCGUGAGUCAACAGAAGAAAACAGGAGUCUCCGGAAUUGCAUGCAAGAAAGAUUUGAUAACUCAAAAGACCAAUUGCAGACCUUCAACAACCAUGGUUGCCAAAAAGAGUUGACUCAGCAGGACUUUGCAAAUAAUUCAGAACGCAUGACUCAUGAUAAUGACAGGAACGCUCAAGGAAACAUUUUGAAAGACAAAGGAUCUGUGGUUGCCCACUGCAAAACACAAGCCGUACCAGAUACCACACCCCUGGAAUUCUCAAGUCGAACUAAAGUCUUCAAGUCAGACUCCAAGCAGCAGACAAGAGCCCUGGAGGAAAAAUAUGCUAAACAUUUAUCAGAAACACAGACGGCUCUUCCAGCAAGCGUGUGCAAACACAGCAGCAGUUCAUUCGAAGCCUUUUCGAGCUCCUCUGCCCAUCUUAGUAUAACUUAUCGGACUGACACGAGUUCCCCAAACAUACAACAAAUAGAAGAGCUGAGUUCUUCACAGUCACUUAAACGAAAACCAGAUGUAUAUGUUGCCACAGGGCUUAAGAUAGAAUCCAAACCACUGAGCAUGGAGGAGUGUAUAAGCAUAGGUCCUAAAAAUGAAACGGAUGUCACCAAAUUGGCAAAAGCUGAAAUGCUGAAGUCUUCUAAAAGCAUGGAAGAGCCAAACAGAACAUCUGCAAACCCUGUGAACCAUUGUGCCCCGAACAACAAUGUCAGAUUCCUGAAAGGGAUUCUUAAAAACCAUUUAAAAUCCAAAUCAGGUACUGUCAAAUUCACUUACACUCCUGGCCACUUGCUUUUCACCAAAGAAGUGGCCAUAUUAAUCCGGGACAGCGUAGAGCUGGCCAGGACAAGACUCAAUGAGCCAGAACAGAAUAGGACCAUUAAGAAGAAACUACGCUGGUUUGAUGAGGUAGAUGGGGCUGAGGGGAUGGACCGAGUGUUUAGAGACCCCAGCAGACGUACUAACCUGCCUCAACAAACCCAUAAACAGCUCUCGGCAGAUCACUCUGACCAUGUGAAUUUACUCACAGGGGUAUCAAAGAACAUCUCCAAUAAGACCUCUGCUGUCCCCGCUGGGCCCCAAUCCACUAGACAGGCCUGGGCAGAUGUAGGGCCCCAAGAAAGCCGUGCACAGGAGCCCACCUCUCAAAGGAGAGCUCUCUGCACUGGGGGCCCACGGACUCCCCGGAGAGCGCGCUCAGCCAGAGUCGGCUCGUGUCCCGUUACCUCCCGGGCCAGGAAGGGCACUAUCAUCAGACCGCAAUCUGCCAGAGAAGCGCAACAUGUGGCCAAGGCCCAGGGGAAGAUUUUGGUGCCUCGACCCCCUCCAAAAGCCGAAGCUGUGGAGUGUAACUUAGCUGAGGGUCCCGUGUACAUCUCAAAGGCAUCCUGCGAUGAUGAUGAUGAUGAUGAUGGUGCACAGAGCAGACCGGAUCUGCAGGAUAUGGCCCUUUGCAAAGACACUCCAGAUAGCCAGGCAAUAGUUUAUAGGCCUACUCUCAGAACAGAUGCUGUCUGUGCUCCAGUGCCACCCUGCUGUACCUACACCCAUGAGGCAGGCAUCUGCUCGCUCUCCCCUCCAGAUGCCCUUGCAGACAAUGCCAGGCGCAGGUGUGGAGAAAAUGGCAUAUGUUUGGACCGGACUCCUACAGAUGAGGAGAUCUCGCUGCUGUGGCAUGGAGUCCGAAGUGCUCUCGCAAGUAAAGAUGGUGACCCUCAAAGUUUUCUUGCUCACAAUGGCCCGUUGUCUUCUUCGCCUCAAGUAUGUGCCAGUCUGUCCCAUGUCACUAUCAAUGGUGAUAGUCUGAUCAGUGGUGUCAAAGGAGCCUCAAAAAUGGGCGGAUUUUUCUUGUCUUCCUCUAACAUCAGAAGUCCAAUAAGGAGACAGGCUAUGGAGGGUAAUAUGGUGAAGAACCGAGUUUCAGUGGAAAACAACAGAAACCAAACAGCAGGAUCAGCACAGAGAAAGCCCAGUUUUCCUUAUCAGGUCACUGUGCCAAAACCUCAACAUCCAAAUAAAAACGGGCAUGCAGCCGACAGUGAAGGGCCGGAGAUGUCAGACGGUUCUCACGAAGUAGUGGACUGCGCUCAGACCCAUAAGUUCUGCAACGCUCCGAUUGGUCCAUUGAGCCAAAGAGUACAGUCGCUCAGCGUCAGCGAUCUAUCACUAGAGGAGCAGAAGAUCCUGCAGUCCCUCGAGAGACUUAAUCAACGCCUGCAAUAUGUGCAAGAUACAGCUGGCGGCAACCCAGCGGUGAGGGGCAUCUUUACUUUGGCUCCUGCCUUUAACCAGACGGGCGAGACUGUAGGUGUCACCGUGCGUAGGCGGGGAGCCUCUGCUGAUAAUCGCAACAGAAGCCAACAGCGUUAGCGACUACACCUCCCAUGAUCCACCACUCCCACGAGCGCUUCCUCUCCGCUGCACUUUGCAAACCUUCGGACCUUAUGGUUACAUGCUGUGUAUAACCGACGCAUACUCAAAUACUCGAGAGGUAUUGGGAGUAUUUAAUUGUUCUUAAAAACAUAGUUCACCCCAAAAUUUACGUUUGCAGAAAAUAUACUCGCCCCCUGGCCGUCCAGAAUGCGCAUGAAUUAUUUUUUUUUCAUUUAAACAGAUUUGGCGAAACUUACUUGCUCACAAGUGAAUCCUCUCCGGUAAAUGGGUGCCGUCAGAAGGAUGAGAACAACACAAUAAUCCAGAAGUAAUCCAUUCCAUAAAGUAACAUCUUGUGAAGUGGGAACCAUCAUAUUUGUAAUAAGCAAAUCUAUACUUUAAACUAUCUUUAUCUUCAAAUAUCCAUUAAUCCGUAAUAUUGUGAAAAUGUUGUGCACAGCUCAACUAGUGUUUAUAAGCGAAAGCUAAACGGUUCUAAACAAAUCCGAAUGAUUUUGAUGCAAGAAGAUAACAGGGGGACAUUUAUACUGGAGGAAAUAUUAUUAUUCGACAGUUUAAUGAUGGAUUUGUUUUGUUUCUUCACUUCACAAGAUGAUAAUCGAUUGACUAGAGUUUCGUGGAUAUAUAUUUUUGGACUCUUAUUCUCACGGCACCCAUUCACUGCAGAGAGAAUUUUUUUUCUCUGUUUCUUUAAAUCUGUUCCAAUGAAGAAACUACAUCUUGAACGGACUCUAACGGAGGGUUAGUAAAUAUACAUUUUUGGUUGAACUGUUCCUUUAAUCGGGUGUAAUAUGUUUGAAAUGAUUCCGGCAGUACACAAAACUUUAAUCUUUGUGUAAUAAAACGUUUUUUAAAAAAACAUUUGAAGGAAAAUGUGUUAUAUGCUCACGUGACGUUUGUCUUUAAUUAGCCGCUAUUUAUUUUUUACCCUAAGAUUCUAAAUAUAUUUUCA